UGACUGCCCAAACUGCCUUUGUAAAAAUCAAUCAACUUCUAUAAGAUCUAAAGACAGUAUGAAAUGUGCUCAAGUUUUGCUGCUGACCCUUUGGCUGUCAGGGGCUUUAGAUCAAGCAGAGUCAGCUUCCCAGUCUGACAUCAGUGCUGAGCUGGGAGCACUGAGAGCCACAGUGGAGGAGCUGAAGUUGAUGGAGAGGAAAGUGGCAGCGAGCGAAGGGAAAAUACGAGCUCAGGAGAACGCAGUUGAGGAUCUACGAGCAGAGCUUGAUGUGACCAAGACAAUGUUACUUCAGUACAAAGAGCAGGCAGAGGAAACGGCAAAAAAGCUGGCAGAUGGACCCAAAGUUGCCUUUUCUGCAGCUUUGACUGGAAUAGUGGGACCCUUCAAUAUUGAAACUACACUGAUCUACCCCAAAAUCAUCACGAAUGUGGGCAAUGCCUACAACGCCUACACAGGUUACUUCACAGCCCCCGUCAGUGGUGUCUACUUCUUCAGGUUCAACACUAUGGAUGGACGGAUAGGCUAUCACAUGGGUGCAGCAUUGCACAAGAACAACCAGAGAGUCCUGCUAAAUAUUGCGUGGAAUCACCAGAAUGACCACGAGCAUGUUUCUAACGCCGUGGUCCUGGAGCUCCUUCAGGGAGAUGUUGUGUACAUGCGUAUUCCUGCAUGGUACAGAGUCACUGAUUUUGGUGGAGAUCACUACAACAUUUUCAGUGGUUUUCUUCUUUUUGCCAUGUGAGAACAACAUGGCAAGAGCAUGUUUAAGGCUGUGUGUUUCUCACUGAAAAACACCUCCACUUUGCUCAGUAAAUAUACUGUGUGUGUCACAUGUUUGUGUCACGUAAAGCACAAAUGAUAAUAAAAUAAGCAUCAUAAAA